GCUGCUUUGGAAACUGUCGUUCGUCAUUUGCCACCCUUGUAAAUUGCGCAUCACAUGAAUUUAUUCAUGUGCAGGAGAGGAAAAUAAGCCACAACCUCGCGUCGACAAAUGUCACGGUAGUGGUAGAUCUAACUCCGACUUGCUUGAAAUUGUAGCGCUGGACGAAUGUUAUUAACGAAAUCCAUUAGCCAAUCAAUCUGUCGCGCACAGUUGUCCAACCGAAAUGACCUCUGGGAGCUAGGCGACUAACCAAUCAAAGACCCUCAUCGGUGCUGAGCGAGAUGCGCGUUUUUAUGGUCUUCUAAUAAUAGCGUUGGCAUAAAACUAGUGUGAGACUAGUCGUCUAUCGGAAGGGCGAUGCCAGGUAUAACCAAGUAUAAUUUAGUGGAUGACGCGCAGGACCUGAGAAUCCCCAUGCACAACGAGGCGGCAUUUCAGCAUGGGGUCUGCUUCGAGGCUAAGUACAUCGGCAGUCUGGAAGUGGGGCGUCCAGGCAGCCGAAUGGAGAUCGUGGCAGCAAUGAGGAGGAUACGGUAUGAAUUCAAACUGAAGAACAUCAAGAAGAAGAAAGUCAACAUCAUUGUGUCUGCGGACGGUGUCAGGGUGGUUUUGCGGACAAAGAAAAAGAGGAAAGAGUGGUCGUGGGAUGACAACACAGUCAUGAUAACACAAGACCCCAUCUACAGGAUUUUCUACGUGUCACACGACGCCCAGGACUUGAAGAUCUUUAGUUACAUUGCUAGAGAUGGACAGAGCAGCAUUUUCCGUUGCAAUGUCUUCAAAUCCAAGAGGAAGUCCCAGGCAAUGCGCAUCGUGCGGACAGUGGGCCAGGCGUUUGACGUGUGCCACCAGCUGACCCUGCAGCGGACAGAGGAGCAGAGUUCUGAGGAUGGAGGCGACAUCAAGGUGGCAGGUGCAGAGGGGGCGGAUAACGUGCCAAGGGUAACUCCAGACAAAAAGAGGUUGGCGUUGACGGAGUCGACUGACCUUGAAGCCACCACGGAGGAGAGCAUUGACUGUCUAUCGUCUGAUAUGGACCAGACUAAAAGCCUUGAACUCCUGUGUAAAGAUGGGACGGAGCCAAUCCUGCAGCGGACGUCCCCAAGGCCCGGGUCAGCUGGGUCGGGCUUGCUGGCUGUGGACUCCAACCGGUCUGUAGAGCACCAGGUCCAACUGCUCCAGAGACAGCUACAGCAGCAGGAACAGCAGGCCCAGGCUGCAGCCUCGCAGGUGCGUGUGCUCCAGGACCAGUUGUCGCUGGAGGUCUGUGCCAGGACAGAGGCUCAGGCCCAAGUCCAGAGACUCCUGCUGCAGAACACAGACCUGCUGAAACACAUCUCCCUGCUGGUCCGACAGAUCCAAGAGCUGGAGCUCAGAACCGCUGGAGGACUUAGCACCAUGGGCUCUCAGGACAGUCUUCUUGAGAUCACCUUCCGUGCCAACCCCCCCUCUGUGCUGCGUGACACCCCCACAACCCCCACCUCUGCGGACCCCCUGCAGGGCCAGUCGCAGAUGACCAACGGCCCCUGGUCGUCCACUUUGCAGGGGGCCUCACCUCCAGGCAGCAGGGCCCCAAACAGCCUGUCUCUUGUGCCAGGCGGCAGUGCCGUGAGGCUGGAGUGCUUCCGUUUCCCCCGCGGCAGAGCGGAGGCCCGCGACCAGGAGGGGGAGAGUCCUAGCUCAUGCGACCAAGACGGUGACUCCCCCCUGGGUGGAGACGAGGUCCUGGGAGCCCUGGAGCUCCUCCGGUUCCGGGAGUCAGGAAUUGGUUCGGAGUACGAGUCCAACACGGACGAGAGCAGUGACAGGGACAGCUGGGGGCACGGUGAGGGGGCGGGGCCUGAAGGGGUGGGGCCAGAGGGGGCGGGGCGUCUCUUCAACGUGCUGAACCCAGAGGGCCUCUCAGAUUCUCUGGGCGAUGAGAUGGCUGUGUAGCCUUCCACAGCUUCCACGCAAGACUCAAAUAAUCUCAUCAUAUACAGACACACUAUGAUGUUACUGACGGGCAGUCUAUGAUGUUACUGACGGGCAGUCUAUGAUGUUACUGACGGGCAGUCUAUGAUGUUACUGACUGGUCGUCUCCCUCUGAUCGCUGGAGUCCUUCAUGUUUUUGGGUUGACGUCUGUUUAUAUUUGCUCCCCUUAAAAUAUGUUAGCUCAGAUGUGUUGCGUUUGUACAUAUGUUGAUAUCUGUUUACACCCUAGUAGCUGUGUUAUUCACAUCGGAUCACAUGUGUUUAGGGUUUCUUUAUGCUCUAUCUUUUGCCCUGACUUACAUUUGUCUGUAGUUAUAGCUGUAUAUUUCUUGCUGUUUGUGCGUCUGUUGUUCCCGGGCACCUGCCUGGCUGCUGUGGUCGGUUCUGUCCUGGGUGUACUGCGUGGUUCUAGUCAGGUGUCAGACCUCUAUCUAAAUACUGUAAAUGGGUCCAGUCUGUUCAACUGUGAAACGCCCUGCCCAGCAUGGAUCGUUGUCGAUGGUUUUAUUUCCCCCUGAAGACUCUUGAUUGUUCGAAAAGGAAUAAAUGUCCAUUGUGAAGACUAGACGUGAACCGGGUGUUGUUUUAAACCCAAACGUUGGUUGUAGCUGUGCUGUACUGCGGUCAGGGUCGACUGAUGAUCUCAUUUUCGAUGAACAAUUCAAUCAAGGCCGUUUACAUGUAAGCGUCUCCCCCCCCCCCCCCUCAUGCAUUCUGUCCUUGUCGCCUAGACAAUGGCACUAUUCGCUUUUGAGUCAACUGAAUAGCAUGAAACAAAAAAAAAUAUUAACCAUUAUGUCUUCAAUGGAGAUCACCAUGGCUACGGUUUUCUCCGUCUCUCCCAAGAAAAAGCCUGCUAGGAUGUACUUCGCCUUUGCAGCGUAACAUAACAAAUUGCUAGGUUGUAGAUUGACUUUGCAUCAUAAUAUAACAACAUAAAACAUCACCAGGAUGUAGGUUGACGUUGCAGCAUAACAUAACACAUUACUAGGAUGUAGGUUGACUUUGCAGCAUAACAUAACAUGUCACUUGGAUGAAGGUUGACAUUGCAGUAAUCCCUCUCUCACAAUACAAUGCAAUUUGAAGCAGGGUAGACUUAGCCAGUAAUACUUGUCAGUAGAAAUGAGAGGCUUCGAGCCAGUUCAGUAUCAUGCAACCAGUCUUUAAGCAAACAAUGCAUCUAUUAAUUUUACUACAACUAGAUUUUCUAGACAUUUUCGACCGGCUUUAUUUGGAUGAAGAAAAUAAUAUAUACAGUAAAUAUUUAGUGGAAGGAGUUAGUCACAUUCCUGUAUAGAUGUUGGGCAUAGGAGAAAAAAAACAGCAUGUUUUUGAGUGUUCAUAACACGCAUGUUUUUGGUCAAUGGCCUAUUUUGUUGCUCACUAACAAGGCAGGGCCUGACAGGAUUCAGACAUCAUACAACGCAGCGCUAGUCUUUCUGCGUUCCCGUCGUUAUCGUCGCCAUGGGGAAAUAACCAUUUUCGCCAGAGCAGAGACAGCAGGAGCAUAUUUUAACGGGUCUCCCUGUAGUCUCUUCACUGCAGCGCUGCGGCCCUCUCAUAUUCUAAUGGCCCUGCUGUCAAAGUCUUUCUGACUCUGAUCCAAACCUCUGACUCAUUGUAUCGGGGCUGAAUCCUUAAGCACUUUUCAGAUCGAUAUGUCUUUUUUCCCCCCUCGGUUGUUUAACGCUCUCAUCUCUUUCUCUCUGAUUCACCUCUCUAAAUCUGCCUCUCUCUCUCUCCCUGACACUCUGCCUCUCCUCUUUGACUUUGUUUCUUUCUGACUCUAUCGUUCUCUCUAAAUGUCUUUCUUCUCCAACUCUGUCUCCCCCUCGAAAGGCCAUUUCAGACAGACAAUGAAGAGAGGAGUUCCCUGCUGAGGAAAACGAAUUAGCUAGCUAGAUGAUCCUGCUGAUGUGAACUACGUGGGAUCAGCACACAGCCAAAAAUGUUCCACUGUGAUUGGUCAACGACAACAGCAGAGCAUCAGAAAUAGAAUAGAUAUCUAUUUUCUGACUCUGUCUGAUGCUAUUUAACAGUCUCACCAGGGCCAAUCCACCACAUUAGCAAAAUGGACAGAAAUGUAUGGUGUUAUCGCCCUCUAAUGAUAUUAUAACUCAUAUCUCCAAGGGGCUGAAAGAAAAUGUUGCGAUUCUAAAGAAAAUUGUACAGUGAUCCUAAUGCUAUUGGUCCCUGACCUACGGGGGGGGGUCUUUAUUGCAAAAAAUAAAAACCCAAUUUGGUCA